AUGGACAAUUCCACAAGCUUGAGUAGUUUAAACUCAAUCGAUUUUAUUCUAAUUGGCAAAGAACCUCCACAUUUAAAAAUAGCCGCUGGUGGUGGAAGUGCUGAUUUAGAAAAUAAUAUGGCUGAAAUACUUAAUGAAUCACCUGUGCAAACAACAUCAAAUGAUACUAAUUUUAUUCCAGAGUCAAUUCCAAUUUCUAAUAAUGGUGAAAAUUUGGCUAAAACACCAAUCAAAAAUGAUAUUGGUCUCACCAAAAUGCAUCGACCAGAUUUAACGAAUAGUAUACUUUUUCAUCGUGUGACUUACUUGGGAUCGGCAAGUGUUAAUGCACCACGAUCAGAAGACGAACUCAAUAGAAAUAUGGCAAUAUUAAAUGAACAAAGUAAAAUGUCAAUUGAAGUCACAUUGUGUGUUCCCGAUAAUUCCAAUGGCGUAGUUCGACUACUUGACCCACAAACUGAACUCGAAAUAACUUGUUAUCGUAUCUCUCAAAUACUUUUUUGUGCACGCGGUCCUACAAAUACACCUUUAGCACAUUGUUGGGCAUUUACAACUUCACGUAUUACGACAUUAACUAAUGUUCAAUCUCAAUCAAAUGGAAAUAAUAGUGAAACUGGUCAAACACAACAUGAACUGCUUUAUCAAUGUCAAGUUUUUCGCUGUGACAAUCAAGAAGCGAUUUAUAAAAUCUUGACCAGUUUUGCAAAUGCAUUUCAACGUACAACGCCAUCAACAACUAGUCAAACAUCUGUAAAAGUAAAUCAACAAUUUGCAUUAAUUUCUCGUCGUACAACAUCAUUGAUUGGUCAAGCUAUACAAGCAACUGUUGCCCAAUUACAACCACAAUCAUCUAAUACAAGUCAAUCUUCAUCUUCAUCAAAUAAUCAGCAACAAAUACUACAAAAACCAACUGAUGGACCAAUUAAAUUUCGAAGUUAUUUUGAUAUUAAAGAAGAAACUGUUGAUAGUAAAGGAAAUAUUAGUUUUACUUCUGUGCCAAGACCAGAGAAGAAUGUAUUUCGUUUACGAAAAGAUGUUCGAAAAAAUGUUACUGUUGCUCUUCAACACAUUCGUGGCUUUCCACUUAAUAUUGAAAGAUGCUUUGGUAUGCUUCUCGCUCAAGGACGAAAUGUUCGUGCAUGUGAUAUGCAGCUACUUGAUUUAGAAUCAAUGGGGAAAUCAGAAGAUAAUCGAUAUUAUAUGGUUCAUGGAAAUUGGGAUCCAUCAGCACGUGGAUUUAACGAAUUGAUUCAUCUUAAUGAGGAAACACCUAAAGGAGCGCGUGUUUUUUUAACAAUUGCUCUCGAUUUGGUGAUUAGUGGUAUUCCUGAGCCAGUUCGUUUUUUGAUUGAAGCUAAAGCACGUGUUUGCCUAUUAAAUAGUAAAGGCGAUAUAUUAUCUCAAGAUAUUAGUGACACAAUUUGGUCACCAUUUAAAAAACUAUCGCCAUUUACUGAAGAAUUUGAUAUGAUUCUUAAAGAAGCAACAUCUAAAAGUUCUUCAUCGUCACGUCAAGAUGAUACAUAUGAAGUAGUACUUUUGGAAAGUAAUUCUGAAGCAGAACGGCGAGCAAAAUUACGCCAAUCAGCUGCAGUUGCUACUACAGCGGCUGAAGAAGAUGAUGAUGAACCUAUGGUUAGUGGUUUUGGUCAUGUAAGCAAAGAAUGUGAUGAAGAAGUUCUCGGUAAUUGGAGUGAUAUAUUGAGUAAAUGGAGAAAAAAUUAUGCUGAACGACCACGAGGUUUGCAAGCACUUGUACGACGCGGAAUUCCGGAAGCAUUACGCGGUGAAGUAUGGCAAUUAUUAGCAGGAAGUGUCGGUGAAGAAAAUGAAAUGAUUAAUACUUAUCGUUUAUUGUUAACAAAAGAAUCAGCGAGUGAACGUGUUAUUGUAAAUGAUUUAAAUAGAACAUUCCCAGCUCAUGAAUACUUUAAAGAAGAAGGCGGAAUUGGUCAAGAAGCUUUAUAUAAAUUAAGUCGAGCUUAUUCUGUUCGUGAUGAAGAAGUUGGAUAUUGCCAAGGUUUAUCAUUUGUUAUUGCAAGUCUUCUUAUUCAUAUGCCUGAAGAACAAGCAUUUAUGUUAUUGUGUAAAUUAAUGGAAGAUCCAAAAUAUCUAUUACGUGAAAUGUAUAAAGCAAACUUUGAAAAUCUUCAAGUUCGAUUUCAUCAAUUAACUUGUCUUAUACAAGAUAAUCUACCAGAUCUUUAUGGACAUUUUGAUGAUCUUAAAGUUGAAUGUCAUAUGUAUGCAUCACAAUGGUUUUUAACAUUGUUUACGGCGAAGUUUCCACUCUAUUUAGUAUUUCGUGUUAUGGAUAUUUUUCUUUACGAUGGUUUCAAUGCGCUUUUUGGCGUUGCUUUAGCUUUACUCAAGUUCAGUCAAAAAGAUCUAUUAUCACUUGAUUUUGAAGGUAUUAUGAGAUUUUUUCGCGUGAAUUUACCGAAAAAAUAUCGAUGCGAAGAUCACGCUGAUGAACUUAUUCAAACAGCUUGCUCAAUGAAGAUUAAUGUAAAAAAAUUAAAAAGAUAUGAAAAAGAUUAUUUUAUGCGGCGAGCCGAAGAAGAACAAGGAGAAUUACCACUACAACGUCUUGAAGCCGAUAAUAAACGAUUAACUGAAACAUGUAUGCGAUCUGAAUUGGAAAAUGAAAUGCUUGCACUUGAAUUAGUUAAUGAUCGUGUUAGACUUAAGAGUAACCUUGACCAGGCUGACGAGCGAAUUGAGAAAUUAACAAGAGAAUUACAAGCUACUCGAUCAAUUGUAAAAGAAAGUGAACAGCAUACAUUUCGAUUAAAUGAAGAAUUGGAAAAUAUUCGUGAUGCUUUUCGACGUACCUGUGAUGAACUUCAACAAACACAGAAGAUCGUUACAGAAUAUAAACAAAUUUGUUCACAAUUGAAUGAUCAAUUAGAUAAACAAAAAGAAAAAUAUAAUAAUAAAAUUGAAGCGAUUCAAAAUCUUUGUUGUGAUUCAUGUAAAACUUCAAUGCGCGCAAAAAUGUCUCCAUUAACAAGUAUAGCAUCAACACCGGAACGAGAAGGAAUGAAUGAUGAUUAUAAUGACGAUAUUUUACCAACACUUUCAUCAAUGUCAUCAUCUAUUACUGAUCGUUUGCAUCAAGUUGAAAUAGAAUUAGCAGAAAAAAAGUUAGCUCUUACUGAGGCUUUAUGUAAAAAUCAAGAACUUGCACAUCAACUUCGACAUUCAACAUCAGCUGCAAGUGAUUCAGACACUAAUUCAGUCAAUAGUGUACGUUCUAUCAAUAGCAAUAAUAAUAACAACUCAACUAUAAUUAUGUUAACUUAUCCAUUUGAUUUUCAUUUUACAUCCGCGAUUGUUAGUCGUGUUCCAGCAAGUUUAAAAGAUGCUGCGAUAUGUCAGCGUGAAAUAAGAGAAGUUAUCAAUAUUGAAAAAGCACGAAGACAACAUCAAGAUUAUAUUGCAGUAUUAAGAAAACUUGGUUUGGAUGUAAUUGAAUUACCUGCUGAUGAAUCAUUACCUGAAGGUGUCUUCGUCGAAGAUACAGCAGUCACUUGUGAUGGUAUUGCACUGAUAUGUCGACCUGGCUUACCUGGACGAAUCAAAGAAGUCGAUAUUAUUCGAACAAUACUAAAACGAGAAGGUCUUAGUAUCAUUGAUAUCAAAGAUCCGUUAGCGACUAUUGAUGGUGGCGAUGUUCUUUUCACCGGUCGCGAGUUUUUUGUUGGUUUAUCCAAAACCACAAAUUUAGCUGGAGCUAAAGCAGUUGCAUCUGCCUUUCCUGAAUAUCCAGUGACUUUGAUUAGAGUAAAGAAAGGUGCACAUUUGAAAAAUUUUGUUUCAAUGGUCGGAGUGGAUACGAUGGCUAUUGGUGGAUCCGAUAUAGCUAAAGACCUACUUCGACAAAUGGAAGAAAUGAGUGAAUAUAAAUUCUAUAAAAUAAUAACAUUGCGUGAUGAUGCCACGGCUAAUUGUUUAUGGAUUAAUGGAAGUAUUCUUCAUCUACCUGCUGACCAUCGAUACGAAGAAAGUAUUCGAACUUUAAUAAAUCGACUUGGCUCAACACUGUCCCAUAGUGAAUUAUUGAAUAAUGAAUUUGCUAAAAUUGAUUGUGUUCUAUCAAAUCGAUGUCUUCUUUUUAACCGAUCAAAAGAACAUCAUAAUAGUGAUCGAUGA